AUUUGUUUCGCCCGGAAAUAUACGAUUGGCGCACCAUUCAUUUCGUCCUCUGCCAAUGCUGUUAUAUGUCUUAAUAUAUAUUAUGCUCUCUGAUUGAAUCGUUUUGCAUUUCCCCUUGAAUCAAGAUGACAUCCAGGGGGACCCCGAGUCGCUUCCUGAAAAGUGUCCUUCAAAACGGUGUGGGUCGUUACGUGUGCCAGCUCAAGCGAAUCUCCAUAAUCUUCUCUAAAAAGGGCGCUAGCUCGUUAGGGGUCAGGGAUUAUAUUGAAAAUGGAGUGGUGGAUUAUGCCAAACAGAACCCUGGUACCGUCGUAUAUGUGUCCCCCGAGUUGUGCAGCAAACCCAAACUUGUGGCCGAAUACUUAAACGGCAACGUGAGGGAAGAGAUCGUGGCGAGCAAAACGUCCUCACAAGUGUCAGAUAUUCUCACUAGGUUGACUUCUCAGUCGGGCCUAGAUGUGAUCCGCAUUCGCAAGCCCUUCCACACAGACAACCCCAGCAUCCAAGGCAUAUGGCAUCCCUUUACCAACCGUCCCCUCACGUCUCGGAAUAAUGACAAAAUGUGACAUUUUGGUAUUUCUUCUAUUAAAUCAAGUUUUGUGUACAGU